GUCGUUGGUGGGUGGAUAUCUUUGGGCCCUGCUCCAUCAUUAUUUGCUCCAAAACAUUGAUCGAGUCAAACUACUGGAAAAGGCAUGUGGCAGAAAUGGCCAGCAGUAGAUGUACACAUCCCGGGAGCCUUCAGCUGGCCAUCUCACAACAUCCUGUAGCCAGAGCUCCAUGCACCUCACACAUCAUACUUUUGACUUCAUGAAGAUCCCUGACACUGGUGAUGUAAUGAAUAAGUUUGAAGUCCUUGGGAUUGUGGGUGAAGGGGCCUACGGUGUUGUUCUGAAGUGCCGACACAAGGAGACCAAUGAAAUUGUAGCCAUAAAGAAAUUUAAGGACAGUGAAGAAAAUGAGGAGGUUAAAGAAACAACACUACGAGAGCUUAAGAUGCUCCGCACCCUCAAGCAGGAGAAUAUUGUUGAGCUUAAAGAGGCCUUUCGAAGAAGAGGAAAACUAUACCUCGUCUUUGAGUAUAUGGAGAAGAACAUGCUUGAGCUGCUUGAGGAGUUACCCACUGGUGUGCCAACUGAGAAAGUAUGCAGCUACAUCUUCCAGUUAAUCAAAGCUAUUCACUGGUGCCAUAAGCAUGAUAUUGUUCACAGAGACAUAAAGCCAGAAAACCUUCUCAUCAGCUCCGAUGACAUCCUCAAGCUGUGUGACUUUGGUUUUGCACGUAAUCUCUCAGAAGGGACCGAUGCCAGUUACACGGAAUAUGUGGCUACUAGAUGGUACCGCUCCCCAGAGCUCCUCCUCGGGGCUCCUUAUGGGAAGGCAGUGGACAUGUGGUCAGUGGGCUGCAUCUUAGGAGAGCUGAGUGAUGGGCAGCCUCUGUUUCCAGGGGAGAGUGAAAUCGACCAGCUCUUCACCAUCCAGAAAGUGCUGGGACCCUUGCCUCCAGAGCAGAUGAAGCUUUUCUAUAACAACGCUCGCUUCCAUGGGCUGAGGUUUCCAGCUGUAAACCACCCCCAGACCUUGGAGCGGAAGUAUCUUGGGAUCAUCGGGGGAGGCCUACUCAACCUGCUGAAGGGGACCCAGUACCAGUACAACAGGCUCCCGUUCGGUUAUUCCCUUGCCCCACACACGUUUUCAAAAUGCGUGGAGACGGCGCUGCAGCCGUUACACAGAGCAGGAAUGAUAAUUAUUUUCUACCUGGACAAUCUGCUGCUGCUAACUCGAUCCAGGCAGGAAGCAGCGGCACAAACCAAAGUGCUGACAUCACACCUGCUGAACCUGGGUUUUGCCAUGCACUGGGAAAAAAGGACCCAUGUGGGGAAGGGCUCAGGAAGUAACCGCUCCAGCAGCAGAGAGUGCUCUAGUUUGCCCCGACACGAGGACGCCCACCUCAGCAAUGACAGCUUUCUCAAUGGCAACAUGUCUGCCGUCAUGAACCUUAGCCCCACGCUGCAUCCCAAGAGUUAUCAGCCCCAGAUCUUUAACCACUCCACUGCCUACAGCAUGGACCUAGCCAGCAGCAACCUGCCUCAUCUCCUCAGUACUGGUGAGGCCAAAAGCAAGGGGGACUUUGAGAUGAACUUGGGCUCCAAGGUGUUGGAUGGUCCUGGACCAAAGUACCUCAAAUCUAACUUACGCUCACAGCACAACCACCACUCUUUUGUUGAAGGGAAGAACAACACACUUCAGUCGGGGGAGAAACACAGUCGGCAUAGCCACAUGGAUUCCUACAAUUCUGCACCUUCCUCUUCCAAGUUUGCCUACCUGAACUUAUCUAAAAGUCAUGGUACACUUAGUGACGCCAAGUCUGUAGGAAACUUAAAUGAUGUGCAUCUGUAUGUAGACGAACCUACAUCUCGCUACUUUCCCUCCAGCUGCCUUGACCUCACAGCUCCUAGCAGCCCAGUAUCUCGAAGAGUAGAAAGACUGGGACUUGGCACAGCCGGCCGAGGAAACAUGCGCUCAGACAGAGAGAGUAACACUCUAGACUCCUCCUAUAGGCGCUCCUCCACGCGCCAUAAGACCUCAGAGGAGGCCAAGUCACCUGAUGCCCUGGAUCCCGGGGACAGCAACAUCGAAAGGAGUCAUCCUCACUCUCUGUCUGCCCCACGUGACCCUCUUUCUUAUGGGCAGGGAUACACCAGUCCCUUUUCCUCCCAGCAGCGGCCCCACCGUCACUCCAUGUACGUAAGGAGGGAUCAACAGAGGACACAUGGGGUGGACGAGGACCUGUCAGUUGGACAGGGGUUGUCCACCAGAGCCAGCAGCCUUCAGCUCCUGUCUCCACAGCUGCAGCAUCGCACUUUGCCACGGCUCACUGGGAGCUCCUCCAGAGAAGAUGACAUGAGCAGAAGCGAGCAGGCAACCACUGAAGUCACCCAUAUCAGACCCCCAGUAAGGAACUCUAGAAGGGACAACGUUGCAUCUUUUCACACAUAGCAAAAAAACAGCAAGGUUGGCUUAUAUCAUGACCAACAAACAGAAGAUGGAGGCUCCUCCAAAGAGAACCGCAACAUCUACAGUGAAUCCAUGCCAAGGCGGGUGGGCAGCUUUUACAGAGUUCCUUCUCCCCGACCAGACAACUCUUUCCACGACAGCCGAGGUCAGAGCCGGGAUUCUGCUCUGUCGGGGGACGGCAGCAGCUUCACCAACCACUCCAAACGUCAGCCUGCAUUUGACCCCUGGACUGGCCCAGAUACUGUAGUCUUGAAUGCCUCCGAGCCAUCCAAAGAAAAGGAGAAGCAGGGAUUUUUUAGAGCAAUAAAAAAGAAAAAGAAAAAAUCUCAGAUGGUUGCUAACGAAGGUAUGGAUACGGUCAUCCAGAAGUCCUCCAGGUCCUCAGGUCAUCAGUCCAGCCGCCACAGAGCUCGAGACAAGAGCAGAGACAAGAACCAGGAACGAGACAGGGAUAAGGACUGGACACCUGAGAAACUGUCCAAUUCACACUCUCCAAGUCAGCCACUCAAGUCCCUGCGCAAGUUGCUGCACCUCUCAUCUUCCUCCUCCAACCAGACGGCGUCCUCUGAUAUGCGCUACCAGCCACUGCCUAACUCAGCCUCCACUCAGGGGGGUUUCUCUGAAAGCCGGGGUCACUCAGGGGUCAGCACACCCCAGCUCAAGAGCCGACAGGCAGCCUAUUCUCUGCCGGGACAACUGGAGUCCGGCUGGCACUCGUCUGCCCUGGGUCGGCCUGAUGGCAACCCCUACCCAGAACAAAUGGGCGUCAAGGGGGGCCAGAAUGGGCAUGGCUUUGGACGCCCAUCCAGGUCUCGCAUGCCGAACCUCAAUGACCUGAAAGAGACAGCUCUGUAAUCUCCAUCAGUCUGCAUCGCACACAUCCACCUCAGCAUUCAAAAGGGUACACAUACUGAACACACACACGCACACACGCACACACACACACACACACACGCACA